CAAACAGUCACCUCCAUCUAUCUGGGGGCCUGUAGGUAGACACCAGUACCAGAGGGAGGACUUUGGAGGGUGUCUGCUUUGAUGUCUAAUGACAUUUCAGACCUCUAGAGUAGGAUAACAGAAUUGGUAGAUAUUUUGGUAUUUAUUGUAUCUUGAAUGCCUCACUUUACAGUUAGGGAAACUGAGGCCCGGAGAGAUAACAUGACUUGUUCAAGGUGUCAGAGAGUAAGAGACGGAGAUUGGAUUGGCCAGCUGGAGGUGACUGCCUCUCUGUGGGGGGCUGAAGAGACUGCUGGAGCCCACAGAGGAUCUCAUCUCAAGGCUAGCAUUGCAGUCUGCUGAACCUCGUGUCCACUACCGUUCCAAGAGCUUGCUCUCCAAGAUUGCACAAUGUCGCACCCAUCUUGGCUGCCACCCAAAAGCACUGCUGAGCCCUUGGGCCAUGUGCUUGCACGGAUGGAGACCACCCAUUCCUUUGGGACCCCCAGCAUUUCAGUGUCCACACAGCAGCCACCCAAGAAGUUUGCCCCAGUCGUUGCUCCAAAGCCCAAGUACAACCCAUACAAGCAACCUGGUGGUGAAGGUGACUUCCUUCCACCCCCACCUCCACCUCUCGAUGAUCCCAUUGCUGUUCCUUCUGGCUCUGGAAACUUCCCUCCUCCACCACCCCUUGAUGAAGGUGCUUUCAGGGCACAGGGAAAUCCUGGAGGCAAGACCCUUGAGGAGAGACGCUCCAGCCUGGAUGCUGAGAUCGACUCACUGACGAGUAUCUUGGCUGACCUGGAGUGCAGCUCCCCCUACAAGCCUCGGCCCCCGCAGGGCUCUGUUAGUUCAACAACAGCUUCUCCUCCCGUCUCCACCCCAGUCACAGGACAUAAGAGAAUGGUCAUACCAAACCAACCCCCUCUAACGGCAACCAAAAAGUCUACAUUAAAACCACAACCUGCACCUCAGGCUGGACCCAUCCCCGUGGCUCCAAUUGGAACACUAAAACCCCAGCCUCAGCCAGUCCCAGCCUCCUACACUACGGCAUCCACCCCUUCAAGGCCUACCUUCAAUGUGCAGGUGAAGUCAGCCCAGCCCAGCUCUCAUUACAUGGCUGCCCCUUCACCGGGACAAUUUUAUGGUCCAGGGCCAGGGGCCCAGGGCUAUAAUGUGCAACCAGUUUCUAUCCCUGGGCAGGGUCCACCUCCUUCUACACGGGGAGGCAUGGAUUAUGCAUAUGUCCCACCACCAGGACUUCAGCCUGAGCCUGGGUAUGGGUAUGCCCCCAGUCAAGGACGCUACUAUGAAGGCUAUUCCCCAGCGGGGCCUGGCUAUGGGAGCAAAAAUGACUCUGAUCCUGCCUAUAGUCAACAAGGUCACCCAAAUACGUGGAAGCGAGAACAAGGGUAUACUCCUUCUGGAGCAGGGAACCAGAACCCUGCUGGGAUGUAUCCAGUUCCUGGUCCCAAGAAGACUUAUAUCACAGAUCCUGUUCCAGCCUCCUGUGCACCACCACUGCAGCCAAAGGGUGGACAGACAGGGUCCCUGGGGCCUCCGGCGGCACCCCCCUCAUUCCGCCCUGAAGAUGAGCUUGAGCACCUGACCAAGAAGAUGCUGUACGACAUGGAAAAUCCACCCGCCGAUGAAUACUUUGGCCGCUGUGCUCGCUGUGGGGAGAACGUCGUUGGGGAAGGUACAGGAUGCACUGCCAUGGAUCAGGUCUUCCACGUGGACUGUUUCACCUGCAUCAUCUGUAACAACAAGCUCCGCGGGCAGCCCUUCUACGCGGUGGAGAAGAAAGCCUACUGCGAGCCUUGCUACAUUAACACCCUGGAGCAGUGCAGCGUGUGCUCCAAGCCCAUCAUGGAGCGGAUCCUCCGAGCCACUGGGAAGGCCUACCAUCCUCACUGCUUUACCUGUGUGAUGUGCCACCGCAGCCUGGAUGGGAUCCCGUUCACUGUGGACGCUGGCGGCCUCAUCCACUGCAUCGAGGACUUCCACAAGAAAUUUGCUCCCCGCUGUUCUGUGUGCAAGGAGCCCAUCAUGCCGGCCCCCGGCCAGGAGGAGACUGUCAGGAUUGUGGCUCUGGAUCGCGAUUUCCACGUCCACUGCUACCGGUGUGAGGAUUGUGGCGGUCUCCUGUCUGAGGGAGACAACCAAGGCUGCUACCCUUUGGAUGGACACAUUCUCUGCAAGACCUGCAACUCCGCCCGCAUCAGGGUGCUGACCGCCAAGGCGAGCACUGACCUUUAAGUUCAGUUGCCUGUUUAGCCGUUAGUUGGUGGCUCUGAGAAAAUGAGGAAAAUGAAACACAAGAAAAACAUAAGAAAAGAUGUAGGAAAAGAGAGGAAAGGCAAUCAAGCCAUAGGGUGGUCUCUACUUCAUCCACUAUUAACCUUUCUUUAGAAACACACACAGUCUGAGACUUUUUGCUGUUGUUAAGUUCUUACCAAAUACACAUUUCACAUUUAAUCAUGUAGGACCUUGAUGGGCCUUUGUUCCCAAGGACUUCCACAUUUUUGCACGGAUUAUGCUCCAUCCCAUUCACUUCUGCAUUCCUUUAACUUUUAAUCCCUGUGUUUGUCUCACUUUUCAUCUGGUUGAAUGGCUUGUUUUAGUGUGGUAUUUGCUGUCACACAGUUUUCCCCGGGUGAGUCUGCCAGCUCACAGGUGCUUUUAGGCUUGAAGGCUCCAUCUUAUCACUUCCACAUUGCCGGUGAACAUAAAAGAUAGCCAUUCUUUUUACUGUGUAUUGAAAAAUAGAUCUUUCUGUCACUCUAAACUGAUCGUGUCCCUGGGGGGAAAAUGCACAAUUAUAUGUCAGGCUAUAAAGCGUUUAAGCUACAAAUUACAUAGAUUAAAACAAGUCCAAAUUUAAUUUACAGCCCUUUAAAUUCAAAGUCUAUAGUGACCAGUGGGGCCAGGGUUCAUUUGAAAACAGAUAUUGGUGAGAGAAAACCAAACAUCAGUCUUUUUCUAAAGAAACUAUAGAUGAAGUGUGCUGGAUAAAGUGUUUGGGGCUUACAUUUGAAAAGCUCAUUAUUACCCCCAAAAUAUGGAUCUUAAGAUUUUCCUUUUCCGUGCUAGCUGGACAUAAUAAUACAAACUUGGUUCUCUCUAGAAUGUAACAUUUCCAAUACUGUCCCACUUUUUCAUAGCAGAAAUAUUGCCACUUUUUUUUCUAAUUUCUAAACACAACUACCAAAAUUGACUUUUUCUCUAGAAGAAGAUAGCUAUAAAGCACAGUUCAAAUUCUUUUUUUUUUUUUUUCUCCUCCUGGCCCAGGUCCUUUUUGCUUGACAAUUGCAAAUCAGAGCACAUAAAAUUGUGUUAGUUUUCUUUAGUUUACUUUAAAAAGACAAGAAAGCUUGAAAAGAUUGUGAAACCACAGUUUCAUUAUUUUUAUAAUCCUUCUGCAACUCAAAUUACAUAUUGCAGAAGACAUUUUCCUAUCUUCGAUGUGACAUUUAUACCACACUUUCAAAGACAAUCACUGAAAAAAAAAUGCCUUUUUGAGCUAAAAAUAUGCAGAGUCUCUGCCUGGAAUCUUUAUUCAAACUCUUAUUGGGCAGUGGAAUGCUUGCCUGCCAACUGCAGAACCACAUCUGCUUUGUUAGGUUCCAACGUGUUUCUUUUAAGGAGUGAUGCCUCUCUUAGUAGCAGGUUACCGCUUUGUAGACUAAGUAUUUUGAAUUAAGAUUAGUUAAACUUUUCUUCAAACCUUCCACAAGUAUAUACUUUUAAAUUAUAAAGUAUUUUAAAUAUACACAAAAAUAUAAAUAAUAAUAUAAUGAAUCUCUGUGACACCCAGUUUAAGAAACAAAUGUAACAAAUAUAGUUAACAUUUCCCUUUAAACCCUUCCCUGAUUCCACAGGUAUCUUUUUCAUGAUUAGAAAAAAGUGAUAAAGUCAGUUUUCUAGUCUGACUUUUUUUAAAUUUUUACUGUUAACACUCAGAAAUGAAAAAUUAUUUGUGCAUGUUUUGAAUUACAACACUGGCCACAAGAAUCGCGGUUAAAUUUACUUUAGUAGGAAUAAUCAUAAGGGUGGUUCCAAAAAAAAACAUUUUUUUUUUCCAAUGAGAAAUUCUUAAGCCUGUGGCUCUUCUGAGUUAAUCUGUGGCUCAUUUGCUGGGGUCACCAGUUUUAUUUUAGAGCCACCAGAAUUGUAGCUUUUCAAAGUUUCCUUUGACCACUGCCCUUUCCUUACCUCGCAGCCCUUAUGUCUUAUAUUUCUCAUCAUGUGAAAUAUAAGGGAUUCACUACGGGCAGUGUGUGAAUUUUAAGCUACAGUGGCAACUGUAUUUCUGAACUUCUGAUUUCCAAAUUAAAAGCCAGAGCAUGCUGAUGACCUCAAGGAGCACUGAUUAUUAGACAAUUGGGGUGAUAAUGUAAUCUGCUUGAAUUGCUUCAGUGACUUGUUUCCUAUGACCUACUUGGAAGAAACUGUCUUUAGGUCAAAAGCAAAGAACCCGACUUAUUGAGGGAUGACCUUUAUCUCUUGAAGUGCAGUCAUCCCAUUAUGAAUUUUGCCAAAAGAGGGAGAAUUUAUGAAAUAUUUAUACUAUAAAAUGCAAUAACAUUCUACUUGUUUGUUACAUCUAAGUCCUUAUGUAACUGAAUGUUUACAUGCCAAAAAAAAAAUGUUGUGAGAAAUGCUGUCACAGACCCAUCCCUGUGGCAUUGCCAGAAUCUGCUUGCUUACAAUCUUUAUAGUGCAUUUUUAUCACAUAACCUCAGAGUAUCUUUACCAAAGAUUUUUAAAGUAAAUCUCUUUUUAACAUAGACUUAUCAUACUUUUAUAAUAAUGAAUGUGCACACAGACAUAUACAGAAUAUUUAGAUUUAGAUUUUUUUUUCUUUCACAAGGUAUAAUAAGGAAAGGAUCCUAAAAUAUUUUAUUUCAGGAUUUCUUAACUCUAUGAUUUAUAUCGCUAUCUUGUCUUCUAUUAAUUGUUUGGUGUCAGCAAUGCCAAAUCACUCUUUACUGUUUUAGUUACAUGAAAUUUUGCCUAUAACAGAGAUAUAAAGAUCUAUCACCUUAAGGUUUAUAAUUCUAUCUUUUGAUGUAUUGCCUUGAUGGUUAUCAUUUAAAUACAUAAAUAAUGGAAAAGAAUCAGAGAGUCUAUAAGAGAAAGUUUGUAAAAGUAUACUGAUUUUUUUUUUUAAAUUGUCAAGAACACAAAUAUUUGGUAGUUCCAUGUAACGUGAGAGACGUUGGAAAAGGAAAAAAAACCCACUAUGUCCUGGGCUCUGUGGACCAUUUCAGAAUGAGAUUUCUCCAUUGCCUGGAUCCCCAGCUCAAGACAACUCUGUGGAGUCUUAUCUGCAAGCAAAUUGGCCUUUAAGACUCAAAAAUAAGUCUUGUGUCCAAGCAAAAUGCAUGAGGGCUUUGAGAUCUCAGAUGUCUCUGCAGCCCAAAGAUAGGGGUUCUUUUUCCUCUCAUUAACACAUUGUUUCUGUAGGAGCAGCUUCUCUGAUCAAAAUUACUUCAUUGAGUGUAUGCUGAUUAACACAGUGGAGUUAUCAGCCCUAUCACUGUUGUCCCACUAUGAAAGAUUCUGCAAAGAUGUUUUUGAUGUUUCAAGUGUAUAAAACUCUAACUCCAUUUCAAUAAGUAUUUUAUAUUUGGGUGGAGAAGAAGGAAAAGAGCAUUUUAGCACGGGGCUGUCAAGAGGGUUUAUGGAAUAUGGACAGGACUCUGAAAGCACAACUUCCAAUGGUUUUCCUAGUUAGUAAAUAUCCUAUUAAUGUGAACCAGCCAGGAAUAACAGUGUUAUUUCUAUUUGAUGUGGUUGGGGCUUCUCUUGUCAAAUCUGCCUCGGCUGCCCCUUGGUCCCUCCACUAUCAGGUUUUGAAGAGUGUUGGGGAAAUGAUGGCAGCUGCUAGGGAGAUCAGGGAAACACUGAUGUGACCUCACAGCCUCUCGCCGCUCCUCUUGGCUUGGGUAGGCCUUUUUUGCCAUAUACAUUUCUAGAAGUAUUGCUGUUCUACCUUAGGAUUUCACAUUUGUAGUUUAAACAAGCGAUUGUCCAUCUGUUGCCUGGAGCUACAGGACAUGUGUGUUAUGAAUGAAAUAUGACAGCAUGUUCCAUACCCUGCUUUAGCCAUCUGUAGGAAACCAGGAGGCUGAAAAAGAUAUACCUCUGUGAAAUGUGCCUCAAGUCCAUUUCCUGAGAUCGCUCUUUUGGUGCACUUUCAUGGGAGACAAUCAGAGAGCCACGUGUACUUCUGCCUUAUUUUUCAAGAACUUUACAUUACUAUGAAUGCUCCACUCAAGUGUCUAUCACGUAAAUUACCACCCGCACAUCUCAAAGAUACACUGAUCAAAAAGUCAAAAUCCAGAGAAGUCUGAACCCUUCACCUUCGUGUAUGCUAACAGUAUUUCUGUCCUCGCCGUCUCUUGGAAGUGCCUUGUAGAUUCCUAAACUAGGAAAGCAUCCUUAUACCACGAGGUGUGUCUUGGAUGUUGUUGAUGAUUGGGUGGCCUGCCUUGGUGGCCUUCCUCUGGUUUUGUCCGAUAAUGAAGCCAGAGACUUCCGCUUGCGCCUUUAACACCCGUUCAGCCUAUCCACUUCUUUAAUUGCCAUAACUUUUUGAUUUGUCUGUUUUUGUUUUGUUUUGUUUUCUAAUUUAAUGGUGGACAGAACCAGCUGAGGAUCUUGGUUCUGAGUCAUUUUGAUGGUGCAGUCAUGAACAUUUCAGGUCAAAUUAUUUCCUCCACAGGUAACUUUUCUUAUGAGGCUGUUGUUAAGCUGACUUAUUAUUCCAAACCUUUAAAAAGUGAUCUGAUUAAAGCUAUCUGACUUGAUGAGAGUCCUUCCUCUUUCUUGCUUUCCCUCGUUUUCUCCCUCCCUCUUCCUUUCUUCCCUUCUUUCCUGCCUCCCUUUGUUCCUCCUGAUUUCUACUCAUUGAUGCUAUUCCGCUUGGACUGUUCACAAAUAAAUUAAAUCAAUGCAUUAGGCUCCUUAUGGAAUUACGAUCAUAUUAAGGGAAGACUUGUUCUACUGCAAGAUAUAUGCAACCUCCACAAAUCCUUCCUUUAAAAGGGCAUAUUUUCCAGAUUGUGUUUAUUCAUAAAGUGAGGUGAGAUAAUAGAGUCUUUCAGUUUUAUUUUAAUGAGUUUUCGUCAGGGAUUCAGAUCAUAGAGUUCUUGGCAAAUUCACUUAUGACUGCCCUACUUUUCCCAGCUAUAUGCAAAAUGAUCUUUCUAAGACUAGGUUAAGGUUCUUUUUUUUUUAAUCCAAAGCAUUUUGACCAACAAAACAAUCAUGUUUUUAAGUGGUGGCUGGUUAUUUUAGAUCAGUGAAACUUGAGAAUUUUCCUUAUGGCAGGGAAAAACGAUUAUCCUUCUAGAAUUUUUACACAUAUCAGCCUUUUUCCCCGACAAUAAUAUUACAUCCUAAUACUUGAACACUUGAAAACCUAAUACACAGUAUUUUUCAGGGGGUGGGGCAGCAGCAGAGGCUUUCCGGAAGCACAGAUGACAGGCCUGCAGUCUGUUUAUGAAAACAACCUGAGAAGAACAAGCUGGGUCUCUCCGUCAAGCAUUUAGGUCUGAGAUUCUUUUGAACUCUGACUAACACUGAUAAAAACAUGUCCUUUCUAUCCAUUUUUUUUAGUUUCUUUGGAAAAAGCUGAUGAUUUUAGGAAUGUGUUUCCAUUUUUGGUUUCUGUCCUCAGUUCCAUUUUCUCCAAGUUGACCUUGAUUUUCCUUUUUGGGAGGGUCACAUGUGAGCAAAGUAAAAGCAUACCCAGUACAUACAUAAUUCAGCACAUACGUGAAUCUGCCCAGAAUUAACGAUAGUCUCAGUGGGUGUGUUGUUUUGAUAUAUAGGCAGAGGUCGUUGUUUCUGUUUUGUUUUGUUUUUUAACCUGUCUCCAAGAAGAGAGGGACUCAGGAGGGAAGGAAGAAUUCCAGUGAAGGGGCAGGUCAAUUAAAACGAUGACAAGAGAAUUCUUGCAUAGUCCCACUCUGAGAGUUUUCACAGGGGUUUUAAUGAUUAGCAAUCAUAGUUGUUUAAACACAUAAAAUAUUUGUGUUUCCAAGUUUAUGAGGCGUUUAAAAAUCAUUAUGGCUAACAAUGUAUUUUUCCCUUGUCAGAAGAGAGUGAAAUGAGAGCAUCUUCUCAGCCCCGUGGUAUGGCCGUAACUACAUAGAACUUUCAUAACCCACGUCCUUUCAUCCCUCUGCGGGAGGGCUGUAGCUCAGUCUCUUUCUGAUGGACGGCGGUGCGUGUUCUUACCUACUCUUGGGCAAGCCACGCUACACCCGAAGCAUCUCGGAGGGUCAGAUGUUUCUAGUUUCGCACCGCCGGUGUUUCAUCCCUUUGCAGUGGGCUUACCUGGUGAGCACAGCGAGCAGUUUCUUCGGCCUGGGGUCUCUUGUUUAAAUCCAGUCACCCGCUUUCUGUAAUGUCUUGCCUAAACGGCUGCACUCGAUUUGUACUGCUUUUCUCCUUUUUUACUUAAAGCACAGAAAACCAAUUUUACCGUACUAAGUUUAAAAAGGAAGAAAUAUAGAAUAACACAUUUUCCCUUCAAUCUAGACAGGGAGAACACUUACUCCUUUCUCUGUUUUACUUCCCCAGCCCUUCUGCAAAAAGUUGUAGACUCUAUUUUUAGUUAUUCAACAUGCAAGUGGCUUAUUUCAUAGCCAGUUGGUAGAAGAUGCAUUUUAUUAAACUCAUUGACUUUUCCCCAUUGAUACUCCACAAAAAAUUACUGGAAUCUUUGCCCUUUAUUUCUGAUUGCUAUUUAAUUUACAGCAGUUUCUAACCAAACUAUUCAGUAUCUCUCAUUCUAACCUUUGUUAUAAGCAUAAAUUGAUACUCUACUUGCAAAAAGUUAUAUAUACUAGAAGGAACAGAGAAACCUACAGCUAAUUCCUUUGUGAUACUUUAAGAUGGUUGCAUAAGUCCUUCUCUGUGUGUGUCUUUGUUACUUUUUCCAAGAUGCUCAUCCAUGUAUGGGCAAGGGAAAACAUCAUUCAUCUAACUCUGAUACAUUUACCUAACACACACAAAUAGAAGUCUUAUUAAAUGACACUCACAUUCAAGCAACUUGGUACUGAACACAGCUUCUAAAUUCAGUUUUCAGCCCCAGGAGUAGAAUGAUCUACCAAGAUUGAGCCAGGUUUCACUAUGUCAUCUUGUGUUCUGUACCAGUGUAGAGGGUCAUAGCUGACCCCAAGCCCCAGUGCUGUUCUACACAUAGACUCAUGGGUCCUUUAAGGAUCUGAAUCUCCUGUUAUUUUCCUGGCAAGUCACCCUCCCACAUCUUCUAGACCUGGCUGGUAUGUAGUACCAUUCACAGCAGUCCUUUCUACCAUUGGGGCAGCUUUUUCUAUGAAAAUUCUUCCAUUUGUUAAAUGAAACUCUGGCUCUGAAGCUACAAAAGAAGUCUAAUGCCUAAAUCUUGGUCUCUAGGUUGGAUAUUACUACUCUUUCAGCUUUCCUCAUUUAGUGACAUGGUAUCAAGUCCGAUCACCCUUCUGCUUCUCCUUUGAACAGUUGGACUCAACAAUAUUUCCUAAUUUUAUUUCAAUCUACUCAAUGAAAUGUAGCAAUCAUUUUGGAUCAGACCAGAUAACACCACUUUCUUCAGGGCUGAAAGUAAGUAGAAUUGGAAUCAUCCAAAGGAAACUGGCAUUCAAUGUGGACAUCCUCCCAAGGACUCAGACCCAGGAGAGUGGAGGAUGGAGGAGGGUAGGUCUCCCAUGUGAGCAGAACAGGCAUGGCCUUUACUGAUUUUGAUGUUACCAAGGUCAAAGUCAGUCUGAGACUAGGAAGCGAGCUGGUGCUUGUGUCAUCCAUGAAAUUCCCACUUCUUGGUCAACGUUCACAAAGUCUUCCAGCCUUUUCCCUUUGUCUUUGUCUUUUCAAGAGUAAGACCUGUCUUGUCCAUGUGCCCGUACUGCAUAUGCGAGAAGAGUCCUGGGUACUUCAAAAUUUCCACAUAAAUGUUUCUGGCUGAUUGAUUUUUGAGACUAGCUUUCAUUCUUCUUUGAACAAAUGUUUGUAUCUGGAGCUGCUAUACUUCAGAUCAAGUGAGCAACUUCCCUGCUCAGUCAGUCAGGAAGCGUCCUUAGCAGUCCACAUUUUCUCUAUACUUUUUUCUAAAAUCUUUAUCUUUUACUCAUCUACUCAAUUUAAUAAUCACUCUAAGGGAAUCAGCCCGUAAGUAACUUCGAUUCAGGCCAACUGCAGUGAGAUCAAAGAGGUUCAAUCUGUACUCCAGAGGAAGGAAUGUAGCAUCAGCAAAAGUAAUUCUUCCCAGUGGCAUCAGUGAGGCUUCCUGGAAGAGUGAAAUUUAUUAAGAAAUCUUGUACUGAUUCAUCGGCUUGAUUUAGAAGUUGAGAGAGGAAUAUUUAAGGCACCAGAAACAACAGGAGAGCAUAGGUUAUACCCAUAGAAAACCCUCUGCUUUACGUAUCACAGAUUCUGGAAGGUCCUUAUCAGGAGAAAUGGCUUCCAGAUACUUGGGGUCAGUGAGAAGUGAAAAGCAUAGAGGAAGGUUGAUUCAAUUGUUACUUGCUUUUCCAUAUCUAUAUAACUGUAAGAUAGGAAAAGCUGUCAAAAUAUAAUCCAGUACAUACAUCAUGAAUCAGAAGCUUUUUUGAUAAUAUACAAAUGGAUAUUCGUAUCAGCUCAUAGCUACAUACUGCACUCGUGAACAAACACCCUGUCUUUGAGCCCCCACAAGACUAUGAACAAGAUGCCUCUUUUCCUAUUGCUUCUCGGUCCACUUGAUGUUACAAUUCCCUUACAGAUUUAUUGCUAAGGGAUAAUCCAGACUCUACUUAAACGUCACCUGCAUCAAGAAGCUCAUUACUUCUUAAGCUCUUCCAUUUCCUCCAUCCCACUUUGUUCCAGGCUCCAGAACCAGCCUCUGGGGCUUAGGUGCUCCUUGGUGCCACACAAAAUUAAUCUUUAGUACAUAACAAAAUGUGCUUCUUCCCUCUGUUUUCUUUCCAAAUAUAUUUUGUUUUUAGCAACACAUUUAAAAACAAAACUUUGAUUCUUUUUUUUAGCUGAAGGAUUAUAAAUAUCCUUAAACAUCCUUAAAAAUAGUCUGAAGGAUUUUCUGAGGGUCAGGUUUUGGAGGUUCUGAGUUUGGGGUUGUGGUUUUUACGUUCUUAUUCAAAAGACAAACUGUUCUGACACUUGUUAUGUAGCUCCUCCCAGUAACUAACCCAUGGAAUACACUCGUCAUCCCACCUGCUGAUAACGACCCUGAAAGGUGAGGAAAUGUCAGUGUGUGAUCUCCACUUCUAACAAGGAAAGCGCCAAAAGCAGAAGAUCAUGGUCCUGCUGAAAUAUAUUACUUCUGGCCAGUCGUUCCGUGCGAAAGACGGAGGUUCUAUUAUGUUCUGGUUUUCUGCAGAAAUGUGUAAAUUCUUUCAUUACUGUCCUGAGUUCCUGUGGAGCUGCAGCAGCAUCCUCUGGUCUCUGAGAGAACCAGGCCUGCAGACUCUUCCACCCCUGCCUGGAAUUCGAGAGCCCUGAUGUCAGAACCUGUCACCAGUCCCCUGGGCAGGACCGGGAGGUGGCUUUCUGAGCUCUAAAAUAAUAACUCCUAAGAGAGCUUACAAACUGCUUUCGCACGUAGAACAGCCCUGGGAGGAAGGUUAUUAAUAGCCCUAUCCUGGAAGAGAAAGCUGAGGCUCAGAAUCGUUAAGUGACUUGCCAAAAGCGAUAGAGCUGGUAAAUGGCAGAUUUGGGGACGCCCCCAGGUCUUGGCAUUCCCGUGCCCUCUGCAGGCGUGGCUCUCAGGGCACAGAGAGCACGACGUGUGCGUCUCACAGACCCCCGUGCCCCCACAGGUCACUUCGCUGGCAGGUGGCACAGCCACGUGCGCACCGUGGUGUUCGAGACCAUCUGGAGCUUGCGUUCCUUUUCUGUGUCAUCCUGUGGGAAACUGCCAGGUGUUCUGUCUGAUGGGCAGCGCGGUGGAGUCAGCGAGGACAGGCCACUGCUAGGAGCACACACAGCAGCCCUGAAGUUCACUGUGGCAAGUUUCCCCAGAGACAGUGGUUUGCUUUGCAUUAACUGAAAAAUUCUCUGGAAAUGUGAGGUUCAGAAUAUCAGCCGAGACCGAAUCAUUUAGAAUUCAGUGGAGUGUGGAGGUGACGUGACCCUUCAGACAAGCCUGUCUCCGGUGGGCCAGGGUGUGUGCCCCACAGAGGCAGGAACCACUGUGGGUAAACAGCGCAGAUUCUCUCUCCGGCCACGCUUAUUCGAGGCCCACCAAGAAUAUGACAGCAUCAGGCAUGAUCGAGCCGACCGACCGACCCUGACCUCGAGAUGCCUGUGAACAAAUGCCCUGGGACUCGUUGCAGUCCUGUGACUUGGCUUUUGCCAUUCGAUAGCCUGGCUUCCCCAGCUGUUGUCGUUCUGUGAUUUGUGUGUGCUUAUCACGGGGAGUCUGGUACUGCGCGUUCCCAGCGGACUGACUUGGAAGCCUGAGCAUGUUAUUCUAGAGCCCGUUCCACGUGGCAGGUCCACAGCUGGGCGGUCCUUCCCUUGAGCUGCACCCCUCAGGAAGCUGUGACUUUUGAUGUGUGCACUGGGGUUGUAUUUCCUCCCCAUGUCUCCUCAUAGUUGUUUGGCUUUAAGUUAAAAUCUGCUAACUGAUAAAUAGUAUUUCUUUAUCUGAGUCAAAUCUACUGCAGGGAACCUUUAAGAUGAUCUUACCUAUUAAGCUUUCUAAGCAUUUUCCCUUCCUAGAUCCACCAUCCAUCAUGGAGGUCUCAUCAUCCACCUGCUUAAUUUCCCUGGGAUUCACGAGGGGCAGGUUGAAUAACAGAUGGCCUCUCACCCCUCUCCAAUCUUCACACCUGGGAAAUACAGGAGGUGCCGGUGGGGCCAACUAGGGAGUAGCCCUGGCUGAGCUGGCAACAUUCAGACCCUGGAAAGGUGCUGCAUCUUCCCGUGAGGUUUAAUGAAUGUUAUGAUUGACAGAGCAGAAAAUGAUUCCUGUGGAAGAAAUGGCGUACCCCCAGCACAGGAGUGGCUUAGUAGAGGCAGCAUUUUGAGAAAUUUUCAGAAUUAUCUAGGUGAGUACUCCUGAGUCAGAGACUCACUUGGCUGGAACCUGUGAUGUCUUGUUGGAAUAAAUGUGAGGCUGUGAAUAUGAAAAAGCAGCCCUUUAAAUAAAAAAUAAAAGGCGCCAUAAACUCUGACUUAUCUUUACAUAGUAUAAAAGAAAUUACUCUUUUUUUUUCCUUCCUCCAUUCUACACAACAUUGCCCCCCUCCUACUUAGGGAAAAUACCACAGUGCUGUCUUCAAAAUACACACCCAUGCACGUGAGUGCCCACACGUGCACGCACACACACAAACUCACACACAUACACACACAGGCAUCUUCCAAGAGAGCUGAUCUUUCAAAAAGGAAAUCUUAUUUUAAAACACUUGGAUUUUUCAGGCCAAGAAACUAAUAAUUUCUAGACCUGACCCAUUUUUGUGGCUGCCAAAAAAGAAAAGAAAAAGCUAUUUAAAUUUUGUAUGGCUCCAUUUAUCUCUUAAAAUAUGCCAGAGCAAUUUGAGGUGGGGGUGGAAACGAAGGUAUUUAUCCCUCCUGCUUGAUUCUCUCUUUACAUUUCUAUCUGUUGGGAAAAGGAUAAAGGAUUAUUCCUGGGCGAUUAGUGUUGAUGCAUCGUGUCGCCACUUUGUUCGGGGUCUGCUUCGCUUCAGACUGAGGCGUAAGAAAAAUCGUUGCUUUUUGGACUCCUUUCCCUCCAUCACGAGGGAGUAAAUAUUAAGCCUGAAUGUCUUUCCACGCCAAAUUAUUUCACUCCAUUUCUGACGUCAUUUAGAAAAUGCAAAAGAGGGCGAAGUAGCUUUUCUUGGAUGUAUUUCUCCUGUUUUUUUUCUUUCUUGGAGACAAAUCUAAAGGGAAAAAAAAACCCAGUUCCUUUUGAUCUCUCUUUCUCUUUGGGUGACAGUGAUGAUCACUUAGUAAUUAUAAACCAGAAGUAGAAGAGCUCAGCCAGGUUGUGAUGUAUCUGCCAACAUGUCUCAUUCCUUCAAAUACAGACUUUGAGAGGAAGAGAUUUUAUCAUUUACAUGCCAACAAUAGGAAUGGCCUCAUAUUUUAACUUUCAAACAGUAAAAGGCGAGUUGAUACUUGGGCAGUGUUUGCAUUUUACUAGGCCUGUACACCUUGUGCUGAGUGUGUAGGCGAAUGCCACUCCAUCAGCCUGUCCGGGUGAGCGUGCCAGGAAGUGUCAAAGUGCCUUGGACUCUCCUCACAAGGUGGCAGAUCAGAACUGGUGUAGACUGUGCCAGCCUUCUUACUCAACUGAAAUAUCUGAACUGAGCUGUAUCCUUGAUGAAGGAUAUUUAGGGCCCUGGAAGCUAAGUCUCAUCACCUACCAACAGUUUAUAACGAAGCAGUCGCAAAGCCGUGGUGAAAUGACUUUCUUCCUUUCAGUACCCGUUUAUUCUGUUGGGAAAGCUGAUGAACAAAUGAUCCAAGAAUUAUUUCUUCUUAAAGUGAGAACGCACACCUCCCCAAUCUCUGAAUUAGUCCUCAUUCGUGUUCAGGAAGCAGAUGAAAGAGCAAACAGAAUUAAGGAUGAUAUCGAUUGUCUGAUUAUUUAGCAUUAAAAAAAUUACGUGAUCUCAUGUGCCUUAAGCAAAGAUUCUAACUAGAUGCAAAAGUGUCACCUCUGGAUGUAGGGUGGGAAUUUUACUAUGUUACCUAUGCAACUAAUUACUCCAUUUUUUGUUUUGCCUUUUAAAUUUCACCUUUAUUGUUAGUUUUGCAGAUUUGGGGCUGGCUCUUUCUCUGCUGGGAUUAUGAGACGCGCCCCCUCAAAAAAGGAAGGGAAAAGGAAGAACUUUCUGGGUAGCAACUCUGUGCCGUCAAGUAGACGUGGCACAAAGACACAGAGCCUGAGGAUGGUAAUUUUCUCUGAGCCGCACACACCAGCUUUUAUUUCAUGGCUUUGUCACAGGCUUUUCUCCUUCUGUGCUGUCACCUUUGAGAAAAACGAUUGCACCUUCUCCAAGUCUGCCUUUUAACAGCUACAGUUGAGUUGGCAAGACUUCCCCAGCUCUGAAUAGAGCCAUUUGCCGACUCCGGCCUCUUUGCGAGACUGACUCAAAUCUGUGAUCUUCUGUUCAGCAUACACAUCAGCAAAGUGAGAAGAUGAGCACUAAAUAUAGGCUCUAUUAACUUUACUUUUAGAUUUACUGCCUUCAAAAAGUGCCUAUUCUGAGAAACAUAAACGUUAUUCCUACAUAAGUCUGUACACACGGCACCCAGAGUCAGACCGUGAAGCCUUCAAAAACACACCAUCGAAAGGAGUAGGUGCUAAGAUAAGGAAGCCUUGCCAAAGGGAAGAAAGUCACUCAUUUCCAGUAUCGCCUCCCGAGUGGCACCGUGGAACAGACUGCAAGCUCAUUCCCUGCGCAUCCCUUGCUGAUACAGCCACUUUGUAUUUAUAUCCUCCUGGAUGGUGGCACAGCGCUGAGGCUUCCUGUCCUCUCCCUCAAGGGAAUAUGUGCUUUCUGGAAUUGGAACAUUCAGUCAGGAAAAAGAAUUGUCGAAGAGAAUUAAUGAGCCAGGAUCUGUAUUAGGAUAUGUGUCAUAUGUGUGUUUUAUAAACUAAGCAUUGGUGGGUUUAGCAUGUCGGCACAUCGCUUCCCCUUUCCUCUCUCAGGCUAACGUCAGUGAAAACUAAAGUCUUGGCUCUGAGAAUUGGAGGCUCAGGGGGCCAGAUGCCCUUGCCAGAUCCUGAGAGCAUCUCUCUACUUUGAUUCUUCAAAAUAGUAGCACGUGUUGUCUAAUGGCUUUUGUUUCCAUGGUCUGUCCCUGGCACCGUGGCUGCAGCUCUUGUCCGUGGAGCAGGAGCACAGCCUAGGAAGACGGAUUCUCCCCCAGCUGUGGCAGUGGGAGAGGGCUCCAGUAAGUGGGACGAGGUGGACGGUGUGUGAUUUUAGGAAAAGGGUUGAAGGGAGGACGUGCUUCCAAAAAAGAUCUUUCUCAAUGUGUCGUCUGACUCAACCAGCUGGCAAAUCCCACUUGCCAAGUCGCUCUCUUCCCUUCUAAGUCAGUUGGCUCCAUGUUCACUUGGUUCCGCCUCUGCUUUGGGAAAGCAAGAUACCUCCAGUUAGCCUGUUCCCAAGGAAGCUCUUGGCAUCCUCUUGGUCGUAAAGUUGUCUCCUGUCUCACCCAGUUUCACCAAAUGGAGGGGAAGGAGGAUAAGGGGUGGAAGAUGCUUUCUAUGCCGUUGCAGGCAGCCUCCUUCUGUUUGCCAUCUCAGGAUCUCCACUACUUAAACUGGGGGGGGGGGGGGUCACCGUUUCAUUAAUUUCAAGAAGAUGGACCGCCUUCUCUGAGUUGUCAUGUUAUGAGACCAUUUGUCUCCUUGGAGACAGUGAUACUCUUCA